AUGAAUAAGACUCCUCGCGAGACGGCUGAAGAAGGUGACAAGCACUACAUGGCACCAGAGAUCCUCAAUGACCCGCCUACUACCGCUGCAGAUAUUUACAGCUUAGGAGUGUCUUUGCUAGAGUUAGCGACCACAAUCGAUCUACGAGAGCAGAGCCCCAAAGUUCGUAACGGAGAAUUGUCUGACGAGUUAUUCGGAAGUAUGCAUCAAAAGCUGCGUGAAAUGAUCCUAUCAUUAAUUCGAACAGAUCCACAUGAUCGUCCCACCACUAAUGAAAUUCAUCCACCUUCACUGCGAUUUUCCAAACCACGCGUACCGCUGAGGGAUUUGCGUCGUGAUGAAAUAGCUGAUACGGUGGAAGGUGUAAGGACAUGCUUACGAUUUGAAGACUCCAGCGACGACGAUUCACCAAGCUGUCGUUCUGAAAAGUGA